AGGAGGUGGGGAGCGUUCCAAUGACGCACGACGAAGCCCAAGAAGAUGCUUCAAAACUCCAGGCCACAGCCAGCGUGUGUAAUGACCACAUACUGGUGGAGACUAUCCUAGCUGGCAAACAGUUGAGAAGAUCAUUUAAAACAAAUUCAAGGAGAUCUCAAUUCAAAAUAAAACAUGCACUUUUGAAGAUUUUUUUUUCGUCCAGUAGAGUAAAUAAUAAAUAAACUACUGUCACGGCGGAAGGCGACUACAAGUGCAUUGCCAAGUGGAGCCUUGGGGGGGAAAAAACACAGUUGAGCCUCUCGACUAACAUUUUUUGGUGAUUUAACAGGUCGGGUCAUGUCACUCUUCAGUUCGCUGUGGGUGUGCUUUUUUAUCUUGUGUAAACAAGUCGUGACACACACCAUCACCGAUGAGAUAGAUGUGGUGGUAUUUUUGCCCCAAAAUGACACAUAUCUUUUUUCAUACGCGAGGGUCGCUCCGGCGAUCCGGUACGCGCAGAUGAAGCUGAAGACGACCGGAGCCCCGUACUCCGAUCUCCACUUCAACAUCCACUUCGAGAACUCCAAUUGCGUCAAUGACGCUGUCUUCAAUUUGGUGGACAGGUCGUGCGAGAAGAAGCCCGAUCUGAUUUUGGGUCCAGUCUGCGAAUACGAGGCGGCGCCAGUGGUGAGACUGGCUUCCCACUGGAAUAUUCCGGUGAUCUCAGCAGGUGCCCUGGCCACGAGUUUUAGCAACAAGACGACCGAAUACUCCCAUCUCACCCGCAUCGCACCAUCCUACGUAAAAAUGGCAGAGACCUUCAGCGCUAUGUUCAGGCACCUCGCAUGGAAGACGGCAGUGCUCCUCUAUGAAGACGACAAAGAGGAGCAGAACUGUUACUUCACUGUGGAGGGGAUUUAUCUGAUGACAGACCUGAGCAUGAAAACAUAUGCUUUAUCCCAUGAAGUCCCGCUGGACACUGACGAUAUCAUCCAAAGCAUCUAUGACACUCAAGUGGUAAUCUUGUGUAUGGACGCCAAUAAAAUUCGAGAAAUUAUGCUUGCUGCACACCGGCGCCGAUUGACCAGUGGAACGCAUAUGUUUUUUAAUAUUGAACUCUUCAAUGCAUCCUCUUAUGGCAAUGGAUCAUGGUGGAGAGGAGACAAGUUUGAUAAUGAAGCAAGACAAGCCUAUGCAUAUUUGAACACUGUGACACUGCUUCGGACAGUCAAACCAGAGUUUGAAAACUUCUCCAUGGAAAUUAAAGCAGCCAGGGAAAGUAUGGGACUGCACAAUUGCAAAGACUGUGAAAGUGUCAACAUGUUUGUGGAGGGAUUCCAUGACGCGCUGCUGCUCUAUGCCAUUGCUUUAAAGGAAGCCAUGAAAAGUGGAUACAGUAAGAAAAAUGGAUUAGAAAUCACAUCAAGAAUGCGGAACAGAACCUUUGAAGGAAUCGCAGGCCAGGUGUCCAUGGACGACAAUGGUGACAGAAAUGGAGAUUUCUCUUUGAUGGCAAUGACCAAUGUUAAUGCAGGAACAUAUGAGGUUGUUGCCAAUUAUUUUGGUCUGAACAAGAGCUUUCAACUCCUGCCAGCCUUCAACUAUGAUCAUUUCACUCUGCAAGGAAUACAGAUAACGCAUACAGAAAUAUCAGACAAAUCAUGUGGACUAGGAAUGUCAGCUUUGACUGGAGUCAUAGUGGGAGCUCUUCUGGGAACUGCAAUGCUUACAGCCUUCUAUUUUUUCAGGAAAAAUUACAGAAUUACCAUUGAGCGUCGAGCACACAGUGAAGCAUGUAACACCAGGAAGCACCGCCAUUUACGAGAGGACUCCAUCAGAUCAAACUUAUCGGCUGCUUAGUGAGACAGAAAAAAAAAAAAAAACUGUUGCCACAAAGUUGCCUCUUUGUGGCUGUUAAUAAGGAAAUACUCUUAGAAAUUAGGUGGUUUUAUGUUUGUAAUUGUUAAAUGUUUUACCUUAAAAUGUAACUCAGGACAACUGUAACAGUCUCAAAGCACCACUUGGAUUUUUUUGGUUUUGUUUUUGCAGGUAAAGAUUUGUGUGAGGGUCCAUUUGAUCAUGGAGGAUUUUAUAAAGACAUUUUUUUUUUGUAAUUAUACACUGUAUACAAUUUGUAUUCCUGGCUGUACAUAAUUACAUGCUGUAGAUAUAUAUUAUGCUACAUUGUCAUGCACUACUUAUGUUUGGUUCAAUUGAGCUGUCAAUUUUGUAAUGAAUUAUAAAGGUUGCAUUUUGUGGUUGAAUUUGGCAUAAAAUGUGUAGAAUAAUAUGACAAAAUCGAAAAGAGAUAUCUGAACUCACCAACUGCAGUAUGCGGUACACGAUAAUACGAAGACGACACUGGGUUUCCUAAAGUAAUCUGAAAUUAAACAAGCAUAACACUCAGAUAAACUGAACUGUAAUUGCAAAUAUACCGUGACUCAUCGGGGGUUGCAAGUGUAUUUUGUCUUCCUAAAUUACACUUGUGCAGUAGCGUUGGAAUGAAAUGUUCUUAAUUCUCUUCCCCUGACCACACAUGCCAGAGAUGUACAAGAUAACUACUACACUUGGUUGCCCAAUUAAAGAUCUAAAUGCAUACACAAAAAAAUCAGAUUGUGUGAUGAAGGCAGACUGAAAGUUCUUUCCCCAAGGAUAAACAUGUGUACUUGGGGGUCUGAGAUGGUGAAAACCUUUAGGGGAAUUUAUCAAAAGGAAGUGCUGAUAAGCCCAUCAGUUUGUAACUGUUGUCACAAUGGGACCCGCAAUUUCCUAUGGUCACCGAGUCGCAACACUUUAAUUGACGUUAAAAACAAUAAUGUACCAGUCAGCAUAAUCUUUUCGAGACAUCCGACUAUCGUGCUUUUGCUGAGUUUGAUUGGAAUUACAGGGAAAAUGCUCAAAUUAGGCCCAUAUUGGAUGGUGGUGUACAGCCCUAAUUCAAAUUAGAUUCGAGCAUUAUGUUAAACAUAAAAGCUAUUAAAUGUUCAAACUGAUGAACCUCAUUGUUUUUAAUCCAGUUUUGACUGUUUAAUCGUUAACUCAGAAUUUUAUUAGCUGCAACACAUUCUAAAAGAGCUGAGGCAGGUUCAAUAAACAACAACAACAACAGAGGAACAGAGGACACCACUUGUUGAAGCUUUGUAGCCGAAAUUCAUUCCUAUACUUGCUUGAUGUACAGCUUCAGGUUCAACAGUCCGGGGUCACCGUUGUCGUAUUAUUCGCUUCAUAAUGCACCAUAUAGUGUCAGGAAAAUAAGUAUUUCAACACCCUGCAAUUUUGCAAGUUCUCCCACUGAAAAAUGAUGAGCGGGUUUGAAACUUUCAUGGUAAGUGCUUGUCCACUUUGAGAGACAAUGUAAUGAAAAACAAUCCAGAAAUCACAGUGUAUGAUUUUUAAAAACAAUUUAUUUGUAUUAUACACCUGCAAAUAGGUAUUUGAACACCUGCCUAUUAGCUAGAAUAGCUAAUGAAUGAGCCUCAAAGACCUGCUUGUCACCUUGGAAAAAGUCCAACAAAUAAGUAAAGAGGAGGUGGACGUUUUAAGUCGGACUUUUUCACCUGUUUGAGGCGGUUAACUGCAUAUUAACACCUGUCCACCCCAUACACCCCAAAGAGCUGUCCAAAGUUACCAUAGACAGAAUUUUAGACCUGUACUAGGCUGGAAAGAGUUACAGGGCAAUUGCCAAGUAGCUUGGUGACGUAAGAUCUACUGUUGGAGCAAUUAUUACAAAAUGGAAGAGAGCUAAACAUGACUGUCAAUCUUCCUCGGACUGCAAGAUGCAAAAUCUACCUCGUAGGGUCUCUACAAUCCUGAGAAUGGUAAGGAAUCAGCCAAGAACCACACAGGAGGAACUGGUCAAUGACCUGAAAGGAGCUGGGACCAGCAUUUCCAAGGUAGCUGUUGGUAAAACACUAAGACGUUAUGGUUUGAAAUCAUGCAUGGCACAGAAAGUUCCCCUGCUUUUAACCAGCACAUGUCCAGGCCUGUUUUAAGUUUGCCAAUGACCAUUUGUAUGAUCCAGAGGAGUCAUGGGAGAAAGUCAUGUGCUCAUAUGAGAUCAAAAUGGAACCUACCAUGUUGGCCAGAAUAUAAGACAGUGUUUUUUUGCAUUGAAAUAAGACUGAAAAAGUGGGGGUCGUCUUAUAUUCGCGGUCUAGACAUUAUACCCAUUCACGAUGCUAGAUGGCGCCAGAUAUCAUUGAAGCGAUGUUCUGUCAUGACAGAUCUCAGCUACUCUUAAGUUUAACCAGUUUGCAUUAUUUUAUUGCAAUGCUUUUCCUUAUUCAGAUUUGUUUCAAGACUACAGUUACCAUUAGACUUCACUUUGAUGGUCAAUGCAAUUUUGUUGUUUUAUCACAAUAGAUUGGUUUAUUUACAUUUCAAAAAACAGAAGCCAUUCAUUUACGAAUGUGAUUGCACUUUAGUUUACAUAUUUAAAUGUUCAUAUAUUAAGAUUUGAAUGAGGCAAAAUAACAUGCUUUUUCUCUCAAAUAUAUUGUCAUAAUCAUUUGUUUCAGAUGUACUGUAAUUAUUUUCUGUAUAAAAUUAAUUUGGUGUUCUAAAAAGUCUUUCAAAUGUGAGUCUUGAAAAAAAGGGGGUCGUCUUAUAAUUAGGGCCGUCUUAUAUUCGGGCCAAUACGGUAAUUCCACUCAUUGUGUUUGGAGGAAGAAGAAUGUUGAUUACCAUUGCAAGAACACCAUCCCUACUGUGAAUCAUGGGGGUGGUAGUAUCAUGCUUUGGGGGUAUUCUCUGCACAAGGGACUGGACGACAGCACUGUAAUAAAGAGAGGAUGACCAGGGUAAUGCAUUGUGAGAUUUUGGGGAAUAACCUCCUUCCCUCAGUAAGAGCAAUUAAAAUGGGUUGUGACUGGGUCUUCCAACAUGACAAUGGCCUAAGGCAGGCAGCCAGAAUUACUAAGAAGUAGCUUUGUUAAAAGCAUAUCAAGGUUCUGGAGGGGACUAGCCAGUCUCCAGACCCAAACCCAAUAGAAAAUCUUUGGAGGAAGCUCAAACUCCUUCUCAGUGACAGCACAGAAACCUGACAGAUCGAGAGGAGAUCUGUGUAGAGCAGUGGUGCAAAAUCCCUGCUGCAGUCUGUGCAAACCUGGUGAAAAGUUACAGGAAACGUUUGACCUCUGUAAUUGUAAAAAAAGGCCGCUGUGCCAAAUAUUGACAUUGUUUUCUCAGGUGUUCGAAUGCUUAUUUGCAGCAGUAUAAUACAAAUAAAUUGUUAAAAAAUAAUAAUUCACUGUGAUUUCUGGAUUUUUUUUUAGGUUGUCUCUGACAGUAAAGAAGCAUGAAACCAUGAAAAUUUCAAACUCGUCCAUCAUUUCUAAGAGGGAGAAUUUGCAAAAUCGCAAGGCGUUCAAAUAUUUAUUUUCCUCACUAUGGGAGAGAGGUUGCGAUGGCAGGCAGGCCAGUCUAGUUCCCAUACUGUUUUACUACGAUGUAAUACUGUAGGAACAUGUGCAGAAUGUUGUUUGACAUUGUCUUGCUGAUAGAAGCAAGGGUGUCCAUGCAGAAGACGUUGCUUGUAUAUGUUUCUCCAAAACCUAAAUAUACCUUUUUGCAUUUACAGUGCCUUUCCAAAUGAGCAAGCUGCCCAUGCCACAUGCACUCAUGCAACCCCAUACUAUCACAGGCACUGGCUUUUGGAUUGAGCACUUACCGUAAUUUUCAAACUAUAAGGCACACCUGACUACAAGGCGCCACCCACCAAAUUUGACACGAAAACUGCAUUUUUUUUCAUAGAUAAGCUGGACUGGACUACUGUCUAAACCGCAGCUCACUGUAUUAUGGGAUAUUUACACCAAAAGAUUAACCGGUAACACUUAAUUUGACAGCGGCAUCACAAGAUGUUAUGAGACCAAUUGAACCACCGUGAAGCUUUGAACCAAUUGGCUGCAAAGCUUCAUUGCUUCAAGAAACUUUGUUUGGCCAUCACUGCCCCUUUGGAGGAGACAGUCAACUUCUGCUGCCACCUGCUGUAAACACUGUUGUCGCCCAACAUGCCUCUUAGCAUGCAUUGCAGCGCUACAGAUGUAAAUAAAAAUCAAAUUUCAUGUUCUGUGAUAAUUAUUUCCGCAGUUACUGUUCCAGUUGUUUUAUUAAUUGCUAAUUAUGGUAUUUGGGAACACUUUAUUAUACAGUGCUGCCAUCCGGCAAAUUGUCUCACUUUUGAAUGGAUGUAAAAGAUCCGAGCUGGAUAUAAAUGGAGUUAGUGACAUAAUUUGAUGGAUGACACUUAAUGACAUCUCUCAUAAGCACUCAUUAAUGCCCUCGAUAGUGUCAUGUUAUAAUUAUGACAGUCUUAUGGCAGUCUUAUGACGCUGCUGUCAAAUAAAGUGUUACCUGUUAACCCAAAUAAGACGCACUGGACUAUAAGCCGCAGGAUUCAAAAUAAGGGGAAAAAGUACCCCUUUAUAGUCCGAAAUUUACGGUAGUUUGUGCCCUCUUUAGUUGGUUAACAUGACAACCCUAUUUUCCAUAAGAACUUCAAAUUGUGAUUUGUCUGACCGCAAUUUGUGAUUUGUAUUUGCAAUGUAGAGUUUCAUCCAGCAAUGCUGGAUUGCUCAGUGGAUUGUGUUUACCGACAAGGGUUUCGGUAUUGCUGAGCCAAUUCUGUGAUUUCCUUUACAGUAGCAUUCCCGUUUGUUGUGAAGUCACGUUUAAGGGCCAAGAUCACAGGCGUCCAGAAUCUUUUUUUUAACUCCAUUACAUGGAUUCAGAUUCUCAAACUCACAAAUGAUGAAAUCUCUAAAUUCCUUGCAAUUGUACACUGUGGAAAACGAUCCUUAAACCGUUUGACUAUUCUCACAUAAUUGUUCACAAAGCGGUGAACCUCUUCCUAUCUUUACUUGUGAGUGAAUGCGCACCUUAAGGGGCCGUUUACAUGGUGACUCUCCGAGAAGAGGGAAAAAUUUCAUGUUUGCAUUUAUAUGGUUCCGUUUCCAUUCGAACAAUGUCGCAAUUCCGCAUGAAAACGAUGUAAUAUUCAUGCCAGGCCCUAGGGGGCAUUGCAGAUUUACUAGGCGACAGCGAAUGAUGCCCUUUGACCUCCUCAGCUCGGAAGACAACAUGCCCGCCCACUCCAAGCAAUGGCAUUUUCUUUUGUUCAAAAAGGCACAAAAAUGGAAACAUUCAACCUAUUUAAAUAAAAAAUAUUAUAAAAACAGUCAAUUAAAGCCGACGUUCCGCCAUAUUUGCGGUUUUUAAUGUUUAGUAGCUCCGCUGCGCACGCCCAAUGUGACGUGUACGAGUGCUGACGUUAUCGGCGUGGUCCUGCGCCGUGGGAGCUUUUGAUAUGCAUGUGGAGCAAACCCAUCCUCGAGCCCCCGCAAUCGAAUUCUUCCACUUUGGAGGCAGGAUUCCAAGGUUUGCGUCUUGGCCUUCCGUCUUUGCCGACACCAUACGAACGCGAGGCCACUCCGCAACAGUCAUAGCGCCUUCGUGUCGCAGAGUCGCCAUGUAAACUGCCCCUUAGGGAAGCUCCUUUUAUACCCUCUCAUGACACCCACCUGUUCCCAAUUAGACCUGUUCACCUGAACAAACAAACAGGUGAUUGGUAAGCAUUCCUUAAC